AUGUCCAACGCAAUCCGCACCCUUUCUCCAUCCACCAACAAGCUCCUCUACGAGCACCCGGGCACCUCUCUCGACGAGGCCCGCCAGCUCGCCAUCUCCGCCCAAGAUGCGCAGAAAUCAUGGAAACAGGUCCCUCUAUCAGAGCGCAAGGCCAUUAUUCUCAAGGCGCUGGAGCUGAUUGAUGCCAAUAAGCAAGUUCUCGCGGAAGAGCUGACGACUCAAAUGGGUCGCCCCAUCGCCUACACAACCAAGGAGAUCGAUACCAUGCGCCUACGCGCUGACUACCUUCUUGGGAUUGCCGACGAGAGUCUCAAGAAUCUCCCCGGUCAGCCGCAGAACGGGUUCAGGCGGUUUCUGAAGAAGGAGCCCGUCGGUGUGGCGUUUAUUGCGACGGCGUGGAAUUACCCCUACCUCAUCACAAUCAGCACCAUUGUCCCCGCCCUCCUAUCCGGAAACGCCGUUCUCCUCAGACCAUCCCCUCAGACGCCUCUCGUCGGCCAACGCUUCCAAUCCUUCUUCACGCAGGCCGGUCUCCCGCCCAACCUCUUCCAGCUCAUCCACUGCGGUUCUCUCGACGUGCUCGACCAGAUCGUCGCCCUCCCCCAAAUCAACCUCAUCUCGUUCACCGGCUCCACCGAAGGCGGACUGCGCAUCCGCGAAGCCACGGCCCGUCGCGUCGUCCCUGUGAACCUAGAGCUCGGUGGCAAUGACCCAGCCUACGUGCGUCCGGACGCAGACCUCCCAUACGUCGCGGCGCAGCUAGUCGACGGCGCAGUGUUCAGUUCCGGACAGAGCUGCUGCGCCGUGGAGCGGGUUUACGUGCACGCGGAUGUCCACGAUGCGUUUGCGAAAGAGGUGCAGAAGGAAUUGGCAACAUACAAACUCGGCGACCCCUUCGACAAAACCACCACCACUGGCCCCGUCAUCUCCCAACAAGCCGUCAAGACCAUCAAUGCGCACAUCGCCGACGCACUAUCCAAGGGCGCCAUUGACGCCACCCCCGAAAACACAACAUUCUCGGCUCCUCCGCCCAAUGGAAACUACGUCGCGCCUAAAGUCCUGAUCAACGUCUCCCAUGAUAUGCGAACCAUGCGCGAAGAAACCUUCGGGCCCGUGAUGCCCAUCAUGAAAGUUGCGUCGGACGACGAGGCGGUGGCGCUGAUGAAUGAUACCGAUUUUGGCUUGACGGCGAGUAUCUGGACGAAGGAUGUUGGCGCCGGGGAGGCGUUGAUGGAGAAGUUAGAGGCUGGCACGGUGUUUUUGAAUCGGUGUGAUUAUCCGAGUCCGGAUCUGGCGUGGAUCGGAUGGAAGAAUUCGGGAUUGGGAUGCACGUUGGGACCCCAUAGUUUUGAUGCGUUUUACAAGUUGAAGAGCUUCCAUAUUAAGGAACAGCAGGCCUGA